AUGAAGCAAUCUUUCAUUGAUGUUCAACCGAUCAAGGGAAAAUUGACUCCACUAAAUCGAUCGGCAAAAAAGAAAAUUGUUCGUUCAGUAAAUGAAUUUUGUAAAAAUAGUUCGAUCCAUGGUAUCCGAUAUUUUGUUGAGAAAAUUCACUUGAUCGAACGAAUUUGGUGGAUUGUUGCACUCGGACUGUCCGUCUAUUUAUGUGUUGGCCUUAUUCACCAUCUGUGGCACAAAUGGAGAGAAAACCUGAUCAUUAUAAGUUUCGACCAUCAACCAUUUCCAGUCGGAAACAUUCCAUUUGCAGCCAUAACGAUCUGUCCAAUGACAAAAGCCAUCUCAAAAAAAUUCAACUACACUCAUGUAUACCGCUCCAUGUUCAAACUUGAUGGAGAACAUUCACAAACCGUUACUGAAGAGGAGUAUGUAAACCAUUUAUUGGUAACCGGAGAAGGACUGUGCUAUACAUUGAACGCAAUUAGUUUUAAUGAGAUGGUCACAAAUGAAACCGCUUCAGCCGUUUUGAACUUGACUCGUAAUAAUGAAACUCCAUCGAGUUGGGACUAUGAAAAUGGCUAUGAUGUUCGUAAAGAUGUGGAACCAUAUCCUUACCGUGUUUUUGGUAUGAGCACUGGCAAACAAGCCAGUUUUUCCAUAUUAAUGCGAAGCAUAAAUCAGGACGUUGAUUUUCUGUGCGGUGGGGCGAGUCAAGGUUUUAAAAUUACACUCCAUGCGCCAAAUGAAAGACCUCAAGUGUUUAAGAACGUUUUCUACGUUUCACCUGGACAAACGGCUUUGUUUGCAAUUGAUCCACAUUUAAUGACGGCAUCACCAAUCCUGAAAAGCUACAGUACUGUUACAAGGCAAUGCUAUUUCAAUUCCGAGCGUAAAUUACGAUUUUUCAAACAAUACACGCAACAGAACUGCGAAGCAGAAUGCUUGUCUAAUUUUACAAAAAUCGAAUGCGGUUGCAUCAGGUUUUCAAUGCCAAGAUCUGUGAAAGAAGAUACAAAAAUUUGCGGGCCUGCAAAGAUGCGUUGCUUGAAUCAAGCGGAUAAUAAGAUGUUUCAAAGUGGAUAUUUCGAUGCAUGUAAUUGUCUACCAUCUUGCAUAACCAUUUCCUAUGAUGUUGAUGCAUCCCAAGCAGAAUAUGAUCUGCUGAGUUCGUGGCCGAGAUCAAAGUUCCAACAAAGCUUUGACUUUGAGAAUUCAACAUUUAGCCGUGUUACUGUAUCAUUCAAACACAAACAUUUCACUGCAGCAAGGCGGUCAGAAUUUCGUAGUCUAGAAGACUUUCUCGCCAGCUCUGGAGGCAUAUUCGGGCUAUUAAUGGGAGCGUCUCUUCUGAGUGUUGUCGAAUUGAUUUACUACUUCACGCUUCGCAUUUUCUUUAUGAAAAACGAACGACAAGUAGUCAGAUAUCGUACGCGUAAAAAUCAAACGCGAAUCUUCACAAUUCUCCCAUAA